UACAAAUCCUGAUAGCACUUGAAUGCAGUUCUUCUGUCAUAGGAGCCAGUCAAGAGUCGAGUUGUCUGCUUUGAGAAAUAUGACGGGAUUGGCUUUGCUGAGUGGGCCAGAGGACACCCUGCCCUUCAUCUGAUAUCUCUGAUGGGCCCGAAGGAGGAAUUGAUGAAGUCCAUUGCUUGUGAUGAUGAUUUAUGCAUGGCCUUUCUACAAGCCCUGAGCUGGAGCUAUUGGUGAACAAAGGAAUUCAAAGUGCAAACCACAGCAGCACUGAAGCUGAACAGUGAUGGGGGUGUGACGACACAGUACUGCUGCAGGAACGCGAAAGUCUACAUUUACGUACAUGUAGUUGGACCUCCUGGUCAUCGUAGUGUGCUUUGCUCUAAAGAAUGAUGCACAUGUACAAAGUAAUCCUAGACACGGUAAAACACUAGCCUGACAUGACAAAGGUUGGCAACAACAGUUGGGAAGCGAGAGUAUCAAUGACUGUCAUGUAAGAGGCAGUGGGUCAUAUAGCACCGGUCUGACAGCUGGAAACAGAUGGCAGAAGCUUGGGCAGAACAUCCAGUUCAGUCAUUUGUUUACCACACUAUCCAGAAGGCUGCAUGCUUUGAGGUGUGCAAAACUACAUGUACAGUACAUGUAUCUCAUUUUCUGUGCUAUACAUGUACAUGGACCUAAAAUGGAUGAGACAUAUUCGAAACAAAGCCACUGACUAAAGAAACCUCCUGGAAGAUAAUGUGUCAAGCAGAAGUCACGAGGAAAGAAUUAGAGGAAUAACUACCGAACCAGAUUCAGACGUCUUGUGCAUUCCAGGAGUACUUGAAACUGUACCAUCACCUCUUGAUCUAGAACCCGUGUUGACCACUGUACAGGUACAUGGUAUGUACAUUGCGAACAAUGGAGGACUUGGCGUGCUUCAAAUGUAACAGCUACAUGUAAAAGUGGUUGUUUGCAUCGUAUGCUGCAAUGCUUUCUCAGACUGAUUUCGUCUCAAUGAACCAUUCUAGUCAGAGUAGUUGUAGUCGGGAAAAAAAGCCUUCUGACAGUGCAUUUCCUCAACGUUGCCUAGACCUCUCAAUUCCCAAACCGAUUCCUGUUUCACUCAUUGCUACACGUACUUUAGAUCACAGACUUAAUAUUGCUGGCAUCACUGAUGAGAGAGUAUCGUGCAUUGACAGUAUUAGUAGUAAAGUUCGGCAAAAAGGCUUGGAUCUGUCAGUUCCAAAACAGAUUGUGGUUUCUGAUAGCCCUAAAGCAAACACUGCAGGUUGCUACCCUGCAUCUACUGAAAAGAAACUACCUGACCGUGAUGUUACGAGCAGCAGCAGUGUGUCACAUAAUGACUUAGAUCUUUCAGCCCCAACUGAGACUGAAGACAGCAAGAGACCAUUCAUUUGUGACAUCUGUGGAAAGGGUUUCACCCUGAAAAACAACCUCGCAGCACACAGGAGGAUUCAUACAGGAGAAAAGCCUUUUGCCUGCAACCUCUGUGGCAGAGCCUUUGCGCAGCAGCAGCACCUGAAGAGGCAUCAUCGCACUCACACUGAUGAGAGGCCCCAUGUCUGUGACGUUUGUGGGGAGAGGUCCACUACCAAGAGCAACCUUGAGGCCCACAAGCGGAUCCACACAGGAGAAAAGCCUUAUCUGUGUGGGGUCUGUGGUAAGGCCCUUGCGCAAGCCAGCGAUCUGAAGCGGCACCUGCGCACACACACUAAGGAGAAACCGUACCACUGUGACACCUGCGGCAAGUCGUUUGGCUAUGCCAGCAGCCUUGCCACCCACCAGCGUAUCCACGCCGACCAGAAGCAGUUUGUCUGCGGCCUCUGUGGCAAGGCCUUUGCCUGUCCCAAGUACCUGAGAGUGCAUCAGCGCACACACUCCGACGAGAAGCCCUUCAAGUGCAGCACCUGUGGGAAACAUUUUGCCAGCCGGAGCAGCCUAGAGCCACACCAGCGUACCCACACAGGGGAGAAGCCGUAUGUGUGCAGUAUCUGUGACCGAGCGUUUGCACAGUUGUGCAGCCUGACGAGACAUACUUUUACCCACUCCACAGAGCGGCCAUUUCGGUGCGACACUUGUGGAAAGGCAUUCGCUCAGAAAGGGCACCUGGCUGCCCACAAGCGUAUUCACACCUGCGACAAAUCGAUCAAACCAUACAACUGUGUGUGUGGCAAAGCUUUCCUGCAUUUCAGCAGUCUUAGAACCCACCAGAAGACUCAUGCAGCUGAAACCCAGAUUCUACGUGGGACGAGCUCUCUAGACUGUGACUUGAUAGAAUCGCCAAGUAACUCGGAGUUUAAAGAUGCUGGACAUUUCUCAUAAAAAUGUGUACUUAGUG